AUGCGGUCUUUCAUUCCCUUCCUGCCUCUGCUGGCUUCUUCCGCGGCAGCAGCUGCUAUCGAGGCUCGCGCAACUCCCACGGCUGCCGGAAAUCCCUUUGAAGGAUACCAGCUUUACGCGAACGAGUACUAUGCCUCCGAAGUCUCUGCCUCAGCCUUGCCAGUCAUGACCGGCGAAGCUAAAGCCGGCGCUGAGGCCGCUGCUAAAGUGCCGUCCUUCUACUGGCUGGACACUGCAGCUAAGGUGCCAACUAUGGGCGACUUCUUGGCCGAUAUCAAGGCUAAGAACGCAGCCGGUGCUAAGCCGCCGAUUGCUGGUCAAUUCGUCGUUUACGAUCUGCCUGAUCGUGACUGCGCCGCUCUGGCCAGUAACGGAGAGUACUCCAUUGUCGAUGGUGGUGUUGCCAAGUACAAGGCGUACAUUGACUCCAUCCGCGAGAUCCUGGUCGAGUACUCUGAUAUUCAGACCAUCCUCGUUAUCGAACCCGAUAGUUUGGCCAACUUGGUUACCAACAUGAACGUCCCUAAGUGCGCUGGCGCACAUGACGCAUACCUGGAGUGCACUAACUACGCUGUCACCAAGUUGAACUUGCCCAAUGUUUCCAUGUACCUCGAUGCCGGACACGCUGGAUGGCUCGGCUGGCCCGCCAACCUUGGCCCCGCCGCUGAGCUCUACGCCAAUGUCUACAACAAGGCCGAGAAGCCCGCUUCCCUGCGCGGUCUUGCCACCAACGUUGCCAACUACAACGGCUGGUCUCUUGAGACAUGCCCAUCAUACACCCAGGGCGAUGCCAACUGCGACGAGAAGAAGUACAUCAACGCCCUUGCUCCUCUGCUCAAGACCGCUGGCUGGGAUGCCCACUUCAUCACUGAUACCGGCCGCAACGGUGUCCAGCCCACUAAGCAGACCGCCUGGGGUGAUUGGUGCAAUGUCAAGGGAACCGGUUUCGGUGUCCGACCCACUACUGAGACUGGUGAUGUCUUGGCCGAUGCCUUUGUCUGGGUUAAGCCCGGUGGUGAGAGUGAUGGUACUUCCGAUACCAGCGCUACCCGCUACGAUGCCCACUGUGGUCUUGAUGAUGCCCUUAAGCCUGCCCCUGAGGCUGGUACUUGGUUCCAGGAUUACUUUGCCCAGCUUGUGGAGAAUGCUAACCCCUCCCUUUAA